AUGGCAACUGGUGACAUUCCAGCAUUGGCAAAGCUGGCAUGCCAUGCUGGCCAUACAAGCAAAAAUGGCUGUCAUAUCUGCAAUGUUGUUGGACAAACUCCAGGUCAUGGCCAAUAUUUCAGAACCUUGCCAGGUACCACCAUCCGCACUGUAGAGAGCUUCAGAAGCUUCAACCCUGAUAGUGCGUUGUGGAAGGGCCUCAAAAGACAAUCUCCAUUUGCUUCAUUGACGUCAUUCACAGGCCCAUUUUUCUUUGCCCUCAAUGAGAUGCAUGGUCUUUGUCACGGAAUUGGCAAGCAGGUCUGGGGGCUUGUUUGCGGGAAAACAGAAGGAGAUAGGCGCAGCAAUGGAAGGAACAAGAUGAUUGAUCCCAACAUCUUUCUAUGGUGCUUGGAGGGACGUGGCAAGACACGCAGGAUAUUUCUGAGCUGUGGACUGAGCCGAUUUCCUUCUGUUUGUGGUUCCCACUCUGGUGGCAGAGCAUGUCCACAAUCAAGAUGCACGGAAGGCAUUGCUUGGCCUUGUGCAAGCAUGCACUCUACUCAUGAGCUGGGAGUUAUCAGCAGAGGAACAAACCUCUAUAAAAAGAGUUUUGUUUUUGGAACUUAUUCUGAUCUUUCUCUUAGAAACCUCAUUAAGUGGAAUUCGUACCUGAAAGGCCAUUUCCAAAAUGGUAAAGUUGGAAUAGAGAUAUUUACUAUCCACCAACACCUAUUGCAGCAUUACCCAGCAAUGAUCAAUGCAUUUGGCCCUCCCAGAGCGUACAGCACCAGGUUGCUAGAGAGGGCCAUUGGAGAAUAUUCUCAGUCAAUAAAGAGCAAUUCUGCUAUUGGUGCAAAUGCCGGGAAUAUCAUGCUGAGACUCGCCCAUACAAGACGUGUGGACAUAAACGGAGCCUCAGUAGUUAAGGCGAGGACAACAGCAAGAAUAUUGCAAUACAAUGAUGAGUCUGCUGGUUGGCUGAUGACUGAGGAAGACUCUGCGUUUGCCCACAAAGUACAAAGAGAGGCCUAUCACGUUUGCCUUCAGUCGCAGAUAAACAAGGCAACAAAUGCAAGACCAGGAUCGUCUCCUGCUCUAAAAGACUUCUUUGGCAAAGUUGUUCUUUUCUUUGAGCAUGUCAAUGAGGGGAAAAGAUGGCCACUUGCUUUGGUGUUGGUGUAUAGCACGAUGCUGUACAAUGGUGUGCCGGUGGCGAGAAAUGGACAAAUGAAGCCAAAGGUAGUUCACCUGGCAGAUGUCAAGGAAUUGGUUGGGCUGGUGGUAUCGGACGCGACAGUAAAUAUAACAACAGCAACAAUGACAGCAUACAUAGUGUGGCCAGAACUCAACUAUGGCCCUAAGUUACACCAAGGAAACUUUGACAAAAAGACACUAAGCCAGUUUGAGAUUGAAGAACGAGUCCAGGACUUGUUACUCAGCAAGCUAGUAAACAACUAUAAAAAUAAUCGGCAUGUACCUUAUAUACCUGAAGAACAUAGACUUAAGAGUACUUUUGCCUGA